CUGCACUGGAAAGGUUCUAAUCUGAGUGUAAAAAAGCAUAAAAGUCCUGAAGAGUAUACAUAUUUUAGAAAACAAAGUUAUUAAAAGUGAAAAAUAGGAAAAGAAAUUAAUUUUAAAGGCAUUGUGUUUUUUGGUGACCAAACGAUUGUACCAUAAAUACGAUGGUGCAGACCGAUAAUAAAUCGCCCACCUACUGUGUGAUCGGCGCCGGAACGGCCGGCCUGUGUGCAGCACGGCAUGCGCUGCAAGCGGGUGGUCGGGUGACCAUAUUCGAAAUGGCCAACCAACUCGGUGGAACCUGGGUGUUCAACGAAGAGGUAGGCAAGAACGAGUACGGAAUCGAUGUGCACUCGAGUAUGUACAAAGGCUUGCGAACGAACCUGCCGAAGGAGAUUAUGGGUUACCCGGAUUUUCCGAUACCGGAACAGGAGAGCAGCUACAUUCCUGCGGAAGAUAUGCUGAAAUUUUUCAAGCUAUUCUCCGAUAGUUUUGGAAUAACGGAAAACAUCAAAUUCAGUCACUACGUGAUUCGGGUGAAACCAACCAAGGAUGAAAAGCAAUGGGAGGUGAUCGUACGAGACUGUCCCAAUGAUCGGUUGGAUACUUACUACUUCGACUUUGUGCUGAUCUGCAACGGUCACUAUCACACACCCAAGUUACCGAACUAUCCUGGAUCGAAUGUUUAUAAAGGAAAACAGAUGCACAGCCAUGAAUACCGCUGUAACGAUCCGUUUGUUGGUGAAUCUGUCCUGGUCAUCGGUGCUGGUCCGUCUGGAAUGGAUCUAGCGUAUGAAAUCUCCAAGAAAGCGGAACGUGUCACGUUAAGCCACCACCUGAAGGAUAAGCCAAAAACGGUUUUCUCUGAAAAUGUCACAUCAAAGCCGGACGUCGUCCGGUUGACGGAGACGGGUGCAGUUUUUGAAGACGGAACCACGCAGGAUUUUAGUGUCAUUUGCUACAGCACCGGGUACAAGUAUACGUUUCCCUUCCUGAGCUGUGAUUGUGGUAUUCUCGUAGAGGAUAAUUACGUGCAGAAACUGUACAAACACUGCAUCAACAUCCGCUAUCCAUCGAUGGCUUUCAUUGGUUUGCCGUACUACGUUUGUGCCGCUCAAAUGAUGGACCUUCAGGCGAGAUUUUGCAUCAAAUUUUUCAGUGGAGAAAAGCAGUUGCCGCCGCGGGAAGAAAUGGAAGACGACACUAAUGCCGAAAUGGAGGAACGCUGGCGUCGAGGUUUGAAAAAACGACAAGCCCACAUGAUGGGACCGCAGGAGGAUCGGUACUACGAUGAUCUGGCCAAGACGGCCGGAGUGGAACCGAUAAAGCCCGUGGUGAAAAAAUUGCAUAAGCUGUGUGCUUUUCGAUUUAGUGAAGAUUUGGUUAAUUUCCGAAAAGAUAAAUUCAGGAUAGUUGAUGAUGAGACAUAUGUUAAGAUUGAUUAGGUGUUUAAGAUAGGUAUACCUUUUCUCACAUUACUUACUAAUAUGUAAAUAAGUUUGCGUGUAUGGUACGAUCAGUAGUUUUUCGGAAAAUCUGUAAAUAGAUAGGUCCUAAUGGCUUGCUUCAUCAAAUGCUACUUCUGGGACCUCGUUAUAUAUCCUACUUGAAAAUUAUUAAAUAUAUUAAACGUAAUUGCUAUCCCAUUUUGGCAUUGAUUUUGACAACGCGUUAAAAAACGAGUGUGAUGAAGAAGAACUAAUAUAAGUAAUUAAUUAUUGUCUCGUUAUUUUCUUACUAAACUAUUAUACAACUUAUGGCAAAUAAAAUCUCUCUAACUCACAUUGAAUCUGUCCAACUCUAGCUCCCUAACCGCAAUUAAUUCAAAUUUCCAAGUUUAGUUUCAAGCUCAAUUUAAGCUCAAUUCAAAUUCAAAUAUAAUUCUAUUGUCAUGUCCAAUUUCAGCAACGAUUUCAA